CCCGCUGACAUCAUAUGGAAUGAGACUGGUACCAAGUGUGUUGUGGGUUCUACUGAUGCUUUCAUCACCAUCGAGAAGGCUGAAGCCCACUUGAAGAAUGGCAUCGUUAUCUCUGCCCCUUCUGCCGAUGCCCCCAUGUUGGUGGGUGUGAACCAUGAGAAGUGUGGCAGCUCACUCAAGACUGAAAGCAAUGCUUCCUGCACCACCAACUUCACACCCCUGGCCAAGGUCAUCCAGGACAAGUUUGGCAUUGUGAAAGGACUCAUGACAACGUUCAGGGUCGCUGUCACCCGGAAGACUGUGGGUAUCCCCUCUGGGAAGCUGCACUGUGAUGGCCAUGAGGCUACUCAGAACAUCAUACCUGGAAUCAGUGCUGACAAGGCUACGGAGAAGGUCAUCUCAGGGCUUAACAAGAAACUCACUGGCCUGGCCUUCCCUGUUUCUACCCUCGAUGUGUACGUGGUAGACCUGACAUACCUCAUGGAGAAAGCUGUCAAGUGUGAUGACAUCAGGAAGGUGGUAAAGCAGGCAUCUGAUGUCCGAAUAAAGGGCAUCCUGGGCUACAACGAGGACCAGGUUGUCUCUUGAGACUUUAACAGUGAUGUCCACUCUUCCACCUUUCAUGCUGGGGUUGGCAUUGCUUUCAAGGACAACUUUAUUUGCUUGCAGACUGCGCAGGCAGGGAAGGGACCUUGUUCCCGGAAGAUGGAAGAUCGCCCACGGCCUGGCACAAUGCCGAGAGCCUGGGAAGGAGCGGGCGGGCGGGCAGGCGGCGAGCCCAAGAGGGAGCGCGCGGCGGGCUCCUGGGAGCGUGCCCGGACUGCGGCGCUGCUCCACUCGGCCGCCUGGCGCCGCGGGGCCCGGAUCGGUUCAGCGGGGCUCGGGUGCGACACGGGCGCCCCGCGACCCUGCGGGGGUGGCAUAGCCUUGCGAGCCGACCGCGGGAGGCCGGCGCAGGAGCGGAGGAGCAGACCCCGGAGGCGGCCCCGCGGCCCCUUGGCGGAACCCGGGAGAGUCCCUCCAUGGAACGCCCAACGGGCCACCACUAGGGGACCCCCCUGCAGCAAAGGCAGCCUCAGUAUAGAGGACACCUUUGAGAGCAUCAGUGAGCUGGGACCUCUGGAGCUGAUGGGCCAGGAACUGGACCUGGCCCCGUACAGUCCUCUCUGCAAGUCUCAGUCGGCCAACUCUCUGAACUCCAUUUCCUCUGUGAGCAACACCUUUGGGCAGGAUUUCACCCUGGGCCAGGGCCAGGUAGAGGUGGGCAUGGACUAUGAUGCAGGCUCCCACACCCUCCACGUGGCAGUGCUGCAAGGCAAGGACCUCCUGGAGCGUAAGGAGGCCACCUUCGAGUCCUGCUUCAUGCGUGUCAGCCUGCUGCCAGAUGAACAGAUCGUGGGCAUCUCCCGGAUCCUUUUGUCAAAGUAUACCUGCUUCAGGAUGGGAGAAAGAUGAGCAAGAAGAUGGCCGUGAAGAGGGAUGACCCCAACCCAGUGUUUAAUGAAGCCAUGAUCUUCUCUGUACCAGCCAUUGUGCUACAGGUGUGGAUAUGAGGCUGCUUUAGCUUGUCCACAGCAGCAGACUAUUUGCCUCAUGCAGGCUCUGAGGAGGCCUCGAUCUUUGCCAGCUGCAGAUAGUUUAAUUCUGAGGACUCCGGAGAGGGAAUAAAUUAAAUGCCAGAGGCCUCUGAGGAAGAAGGCUGCUGCUGGUCCCUGAUGCGGCUACUGGUUGCUGAUGCAGUUUGAUGAAAAGAAGUUGGAGAUAUCCUGACAGUGAAGACUGGACUCUCAGAACUCCUUCUCCAGCACCAUGUCUGCCUACAUGCCACCAUGCUGCUCAGCACGACAAGAAUGAACUGAACCUCUGAAGCGGUCAGCCAGCCCCAAUGAAAUCCUUUCCUCUAUAAAAGGCACCUUUGGUCAUUGUGUCUCUUCACAGCAAUAAAACCCUAAGAGACAGCUAGCCACCUUCCCCAGAAACUCCUAUGGGUUAGCUGUAAGAGAGGGGAGGGUGGAGAGGUGCCUCAGAGUUUAAGAACACUGGCUGUUCUUCCAAAGCUCCUGAGUUCAAUUCCUAGCAACCACAUGGUGGCUCAUACCCAUCUCUAGUGAGAUCUGGUGCCCUACUGUGGCAUGUAGGCACACAUGCAGGCAGAGUACUGUAUAAAUAAUAAAUAAAUAAAUAAGGAAAGCGCAGUACUAGAGUGGGUACUUGUGAGCAUGCACACAUUAGUGAAGGUCCUUGAAGAUGCUUUGGCCUCUAAUCUCCAUCAUGCAGAGGCUGGAAUUACAUUCAGGUGGUUGUGAGCAGCCAGAGGUGGAUGACAGAAGAGACCUCAGAUCCUCUACAAAAGCAAUAUAUACACUUAACUGCCGAGCCACCUCUCCAGCGCCCAAUUCUUCCAUUUUUGUGUUUUUGUUUGUGAGACUGGGUUUCUCUAUGUAGCCCUGGCUGUCUUGGAACUCUCUGUGCAGACCACACUAUCCUGGAACUCAAGCCCACUUCUGUCUCAUAAGUACUGCAAUUAAAGGUGUGCCACAGCACUGCUCUCAAUUCUUAAGUCUUUAAUCUGUGUUGUCUGAGAAAUAUGAGACUUCUCUUGGGCCUGCUCUGCCCUGGGUAGACUUGAAUCAUCCCUUUGUCCAGCAAAGCCAUGUUCCCCACCUGCUAGUCACUUGGAGUCUCUUAUCAGAGACUGUACCAGUAACACAAAACUUUUGUUCAGGCAACCCUCAUUUACUUAAAAAUGGUCCCAAAGUGCAAGAGCACACUUCCUUUAAGCAAUAGUUCUUGACUUAAAAAGAAUAUCUUGCCAGGCUCGGUAGAGCACGCCUUUAAUACCAGCACUCAGGAAGGCAGAGGAAGGUGGACUGAUCUGAGUUCGUAGCCCAUCCUGGUCUACAAAGCAAUCCAGGAUGGCCAAGGCUACACAAAGAGACCCUGUCUUGAAAGACGAAAAAAGAGGGACUAGAGAUGGCUCAGAGGUAAAGAGCACUAGCAGCUCUUCCUAGAGGUCAUGAGUUCAAUUCCCAGCAACCAGGUGGUAGCUCAUAACAAUUUGUAAUGAGAUCUGGUGCCCUCUUCUGGUGUGCAGAUGUAUAUGCAGACAGAACACUGUGUACAUAAUAAAUAAAUAAAACUUAAAAAAAA